AUGGCUGCUCUCGCGUCGGUCUCUGCUUCGGCUGCUGCUGCUCUCUCGAGCUCUUUCGUCCAGACUUCCUCGCUGAAGUUGUCUGCGAAGCCCGUCAAUGUUCGCAGCACCCGUGCGGUCCGCAUCGUGGCCAUGGCCCAGCCUGAUCUGAAGAAGGAGAUUCAGGAGAAGAUCGCUGCUGCUCAAGAGACCUGCUCCGAUCCGAACUCCACCGCUGAGUGCGCUGCUGCGUGGGAUGAGGUGGAGGAGAUCUCAGCUGCCGCUGCUGAUCAGGCUUUGAAGCAGAAGGAAGCGGAUUACGAGGAUCCCCUUGAGAAGUACUGCAACGAGAAUCCCUCUGAGGAUGAGCGCAGCUCUUUCGUCCAGACCGCCUCCCUGAAGUCCUCCUCGCUCACUGUCCGCAGCAUCCGUUCUGUCCGCAUUGUCGCCAUGGCUCAGCCUGAGGCCAAGGAGGCUGAGGAGAAGAAGGCUGCGGAGGAGAAGGCCAAGGCAGAGGAGGCUGCUGCUGCUGCUGCUGAGAAGACUGAGGAGAAGAAGGAAGCCUACACGGACCCUCUUGACGCGUUCUGCGACGACAACCCCGCUGCUGACGAGUGCAGGAUUUAUGAGGAUUAA